GUUAUACCUUAUUGGGUUUUUGUAUAGAGAGAGUUUGUGCCUUCUUUGUUUCGCAGUAGGGUUGAAGCGGAUAGUACGCCACCUCUCUCUCUCUCUCUCUGCCUAUCAAAGUCGCGAAGAAGAACCUCUUCUUCUACUUCUUCUUCGUCCCGAGCUUCUCCCAGUAGCGCAACAUAAUGGGGGCUUCGCUUCCUACCAAAGAGGCCAACCUAUUCAAGCUCAUCGUCAAAUCAUAUGAGACUAAGCAGUACAAGAAAGGACUGAAGGCAGCUGAUGCCAUAUUAAAAAAGUUUCCUGAUCAUGGAGAGACUUUAUCGAUGAAAGGACUGACUCUAAACUGUAUGGACCGCAAAACUGAAGCAUAUGAGCUUGUUCGGCUUGGAGUGAAGAAUGAUAUCAAAAGUCAUGUUUGCUGGCACGUGCUUGGUCUUCUUUACCGGUCAGACAGAGAGUAUAGAGAGGCCAUCAAAUGCUAUCGAAAUGCCCUUCGAAUAGAUCCUGAUAACCUUGAAAUACUCAGAGACCUCUCACUCUUACAGGCACAAAUGCGUGACUUAUCCGGUUUUGUUGAGACCAGGCAACAGCUUUUGACUUUAAAGCCUAAUCACCGAAUGAACUGGAUCGGCUUUGCAGUCUCCCAGCAUUUAAACGCAAAUGCUUCGAAAGCUGUUNUGUUUUGUCUACCUUGUCUUAAAAACAUGCGAUUGUGA